AUGGAUCUGGGCCUCCGUGCACUGGGUAGUACAUCUAUCCGAAUGACUGAAAUCGGUGGGUCUAAAUAUACACCACCAGUGUAUAGUCAUUCUUUGCCGUCAUUCGCUGCUGCUACCCCUGUGACUAUACUCUUGCCGCCGUUGUUCAACGCGCGCAAAACAGGCAAUGUGAGCACAGUCGGGGCUGUUUCUCAUCACGAUUAUCUGCUCACAACCGAGCUUUCCGAGCCGGAUCCUCGGACCGGGAUGGGUGCGGAGUUUGUUUCUUUGCGUCUUGUUCGACCGCGAUUUGACGACUCAAGCGCGCCUGAGCACUGUGAACGGAAAACACCGCAGCGAGUACAAAUCGAAUUGCAUAUCAAUCGCGCGGUUCAUUGCACACUCUAUCCGGAUAUGCCGUUGGCCAUUUCCAAUCUGUCCAUGGCCAUAUUUCGCUCCGAUUCCGCAGCAACUCAUUCCGUCCUCCCGCGGUCAGCGGGCCAUCCGAUUGUGCUUUUGUCGGACACAUGGUCUGUUCACAUUGCACCUCUUAUUUCCGGACUAUUCGAGUCAAAACCAUUUGAUCGGCCUGUUCCACUCAAAUCACACUGUGAGCAAUGUGCAGGGAUGGCACCGAUUUUGUUCCGAGAUGAGUUGCGUGCGUACGAGCUAUCCAGUCCACCAGUUGGCGAGCUCACUACAUCGAUCGAUUGUCACCCCUGCUGGCCGUGGACAAAAUUCGGUCACUCCGGAUCCCCCGAUCAAUCACCACUCGGUCCACAUCCAUGGCCGCGACCGGGUGAGCUAGUGUUCUGUGAUAAUUUGAAAAACGAAUUUCACGCAUCCCCAUCUUCCCCGGCAGUUCCGUUGGAGUCGAGCACAACCAAUGUGGACAGUCAUUGGAUCGGGAUUAGUUGGUGCUAUCCGGAACCGCGAACACCCGUUCACAUUCGUGUUUUCCCCGUCCCUUUCGGGUUUGUCGAACGUUAUCGUGAGGAUCAGAUUGCGGACGGACUGCAGACAGCCAGAUUNCGACGGUUUCCUCAGACCGUCAGGACUUCAUGUUCAGAACAGGGUGAUUUGGAAUCGAUUCUGGACAAGGCUAUCCACGUGGCAACCACCGAAUCGGACACAAAAUCUGGUCGUAUUCAAGCUGGACUGAUUGCCGCUGAGUCUCUCAGUUCAGAUGUUCAGGAUUUUAACUUGUCUACCGGGAAUAGUCGUGUUCUUGCCGAACUUUGGCGAAUUUUGGUCGACCUAAGAGCACAACCAUUCAAACAAUCGCUUAAUUCUAGUUCUCCUACAUCAAACGGGACUGUACUCACAUCAGUCAUUACAGAUCAACCAGUCGCACUGGUCUACAUCUCUCCACUCAUGCUGGCUGGCAGUGUACAACUGGAUUCGAUCCUAAACUUGUCACUAGUACCACAAUUAGCACCAUCCUGUCAUGUGUUCUGUCCUGUUGUUCGUUUGUCACUCGCACAAAAAGUAAGUUUAUCGUCCUUUGUCGCUGUUCUUUCCAUUUCAACGACCGUAGACUGCUAA